AUGGUUGGAAGUCUUAGAUAUCUCUGUAACACCAGGCCUGAUUUGAGCUAUAGUGUUGGAGUGAUAAGCAGGUACAUGGAGUGUCCUAGAGUAUCACAUUUGAAUGCUGUCAAACGAAUACUAAGGUACUUAAAGAGUACAAACUCAUAUGGAAUUCUACUAAGAAGAGGAGAGGCUGGAGAAGAAGUACAAAUUACUUCUUACUCAGAUGUAGAUUGGUGUGGAGAUGAGACAGACAGAAGGAGCACUGCAGGGUAUAUUUUCUUCAUGGGAGGAUCUCCUAUUUCCUGGAGUUCUAGAAAGGAACCAGUGGUUGCCUUGUCAUCAUGUGAGGCAGAAUACAUAGCUGCCUGUGAAGCUACUUGUCAAGCAACUUGGCUGGGAUUCUUGUUAGAAGGGUUUAAGGUUGAACUAUCUAGGAGGUUGAGACUAUUGGUAGACAACAAGCAGAUAUACUCACCAAAGCCCUUAAAGGUGAACGCUUUCUGA